CCAGUCCCCUGUGCAGUGAGAAGAUGCUGCCAGUCAGAAGCCAGGCGUUUAUAAAGCACACCCUGUCUGUGUGCAGAUUUGCAGGAUGCUGGCAGUUUCAGCAUAGUGGUUCUGAUGUCCUGAAGCAGAGCAGCACCAGACAUUACCGUUCACAACCAACACAUGGUAUUGGCAGAUAUCGACAUUUACUACCACCAGAAAAAGACCCCAAAAAGAAAGGCAAGCUUGCAACUAAGGAAAUAAAACCCAAGUCAGACUGUGAGUAUGGAUUUGUGAACCUUCAGGUAUCCGGAUAUAACAUGACACUUGUCGAACACUUCACCCAGUAUAUCCAUAAUUUCUGCAACCGCUACUCCAUCAAAGUAGAGGAAAGCUAUGCCAACCCAACAAAAACCACUGAAGUCAUGCUCUUACCAGAACAUGGGAACAAAAUGUUUGUAGAUUCCGUUCUUACAUUCCAUGAGAGAAUCGUCCAGGUGAGUGGAUUGAGCUCCACGUUCAGUCCUAUUCUUAUCGAAGUUCUAUUGAUGAACCAGCCUGAAGGUGUCAAUCUUCUGGUGAAGGAGCACACGGAGGCAGAUUACCAAUCCAGAUUCAAGUCUCGUCCUGACCUGGAAAACCUAAUGGCUUCAAUUAAUUGAAAUUCCUUGAGUUCCUAUACUUAAAAAUCAUGUUUACUGUCACACUUGCUGUCGCCACAUUUACAGUAACCCACUCUUCACUGUCUCCUUCACAUCUGAGAUAUAUUAUAUAUAUGGUAUAUAUAUAUAUUU